AUGGUCGUGGUGGUCGCCCACUUGCUUGCAGGUGAGACUGCGCCUAGCGUCCACUUGCUGGCACUCAACUCUCACCUGUGGCUCCACGUAGCUGAUCUCUGCUCAGCGGCCAUACCCCGGGCAACCGUCUCGACCGGCGGACUAAACCAGGUGAGGGGGCCCUGUGCGCUGUGCCGUGUGCACAGGGUUUGCGGAUUCCGCUGGAUGGAAGGUCGGAUGGAACCUUGCGUCGGCACCGUCGUGACGUGGUUCGUCUCUGCACGCCGCUGGACAGCCGGUGACGGGAUGGAUCUCCACAUCGACAUCGCCUUGACGCGCCCACCUACGCCGUCGGAGACCGCGGCUUACGGCGAAUUCGAGUCGCUCUCCACUACAACCCGAAGUCGUGGUCCCAUAGUGGAGUUCGGCCGUGCCACAACGGCACAUGGCAGCCCUAUUCAGGGAUGGCACUGCCAGCCCCCACGAGGAGAAGGGCCUAGAAAAGGUGGCCUAAACAUUGCUGGGUACCACGCCGUCUCCAGGCUAGCCAGGGCCGCAGACGUCUAAUCAUGGUCGAAACAAUCAAAAUCGAAACAUCAACAAUACCAAUAACAACAACAACAACCAUACUCAUUCUCCUCAUCCUACCUCUUCUUCCUCUUCCUCUGCCUAUUCUUCUCCUUCGUCACCUUCCUCUCCAUCUCCUUCCCGUCACCCCACUCGUUGUCACCAGACUGGCAGGGUGAGCCCGCUCACUCUGGCAGCCUGGAAUGUUCGUUCCCUUUUAGACAAUCCGAGGAGCAACCGACCGGAACGGAGGACGGCGCUAGUGGCACGAGAACUGGCGCGCUACAAGGUGGACAUCGCCACACUCAGCGAGACCCGAUUCUCCGAACGAGGCCAACUGGAGGAGGUGGAUGCCGGCUACACCUUCUUCUGGAGCGGUCGACCCAGGACAGAGCGACGGGACGCGGGUGUCGCCUUCGAACAGUAA